UUCGCCCCUCCCACCAGCCGCUGGCCUGGGUUCAGUGUACGCCAAGAUGGCGGCUUCCAUCGCGUCGUAUCUUCCACAUCUUGGCGUUUGCAACUAAACAGCGUUUCUAUCUUCUUUCCAAGCUCAAAAGUAAGCAAAGGGAAACCGAGUCAUCGUCAAUGGAUGACGGAAGUGGUCUUCUCAUCAUUGCUUGGUGUGGGGAGCCGGUGUCAAUGUGGGCCUAAGGGAGAGCUGUCGUAACAGAGUAUGGCCACCGAGAACAGGAUCAAUUUUUGGAGGAGAAACGCAAAGGUUCCUGGAAGUGUGCAGCCUGUUUAUGGAGCACAGCAUCCUCCUCUUGACCCAUGUCUGCGACGUUUGUAUCCCAAAGACACAAAGCUGAAAUUAAAUAAUCCCAAGUCCAAGAAGACAUCAAGCUUCCAUGAAUUUGCUCGUAGCACAAAUGAUGCUUGGGACAUUGACGACGAUGAGGAAGAAGACGAUAUCCUUGGCGGCGCAGCCCUGUGUUCUUCCCUGCCCUCGGGACUGCAAUCCACGUUGACUCAGAAACAGAAGCACAAAGGUGUCACACAAAGUGGGAUUUCAAAAACAGUAGAGGAUGACACUGAUUGCAAGCUUGUGAACAGCAAGGUUGUCAAAUCAAACAGCGAGGUCCACCUCAGCACACCAUCAGUUCGCUCCACACUCCAGAAACAGCAGUCUUUACCUGUUCGACCCAUCAUCCCACUGGUUGCUCGCAUUUCAGACCAGAAUGCAUCUGGAGCCCCUCCCAUGACAGUGCGGGAAAAAAGCCGACUGGACAAAUUCAAGCAGCUGCUGGCUAGUGCCAACACUGACCUUGAUGAGCUGCGGAAGCACAGCUGGUCAGGCAUUCCGAGGGAAGUCCGUCCAAUCACCUGGAGGCUUCUCUCCGGUUACCUGCCGGCCAAUAAGGAACGCAGAGAGCUUGUUCUCAAAAGGAAACGAGAGGAGUACUUUGGCUUCAUUGUGCAAUAUUACCACUCCAGAACAGACGAGCACUAUAAGGACACAUACCGACAGAUUCACAUCGACAUUCCGAGAACCAACCCUCUGAUUCCAUUGUUCCAGCAGCCUGUAGUGCAAGAGGUAUUUGAGCGUAUCCUCUUCAUAUGGGCUAUCCGACAUCCGGCGAGCGGUUACGUCCAGGGGAUCAACGAUCUUGUCACACCUUUUUUUGUUGUCUUCCUCUCGGAGUUUGUCAUGGAGGACAUGGAGAACUUUGAAGUGGCUGCUCUGUCUCUGGACAUUCAGAGAAACAUUGAGGCUGACAGUUUUUGGUGUAUGAGCAAACUGCUGGAUGGAAUACAGGACAAUUACACCUUUGCUCAGCCGGGAAUCCAGAACAAAGUCAAAGCUUUAGAAGAGCUUGUGGGUCGGAUCGAUGAGGACAUUCACAACCAUUUCAAGAAGUAUGAGGUGGAAUAUCUACAAUUUGCUUUCCGAUGGAUGAACAAUCUGUUGAUGAGAGAGCUGCCACUGCGCUGCACUAUCCGCCUCUGGGAUACAUACCAGGCGGAAGCAGACGGGUUCUCACAUUUUCAUUUGUAUGUUUGCGCUGCUUUCCUUAUUGAGUGGCGUAAAGAAAUUCUCUCCAUGGUUGACUUUCAGGGCCUUCUUAUACUACUGCAGAACCUUCCCACAAUCCACUGGGGUAAUGAGGAAGUUGGCCUUCUUCUGGCAGAGGCUUACAGACUGAAGUACAUGUUUGCAGAUGCCCCCAGCCACUACAAGAGAUAGGCUGUCGCUUACAGCACAUAAUGUGCUUGAACGUGUGACCUGACUGAUUAACCCACCAAAACAGCCCUAUCACAUGUUCUUGAUGAAGGUCACACUGGACUUGAUGGAGAAAACAGGAUGUUUUGCCACCCUCUUUUGCAUUUUAACACUGGACUGUUACAGUAUAGAAGCACACACCUUUCAUCUUGCCCCAGUCAUGCAACUAUUGAUUGUUUCUCCUAAAUUUAUUUUCAGGAGAGCAUUCCAAGUUUUAAAGGGAUGAUGAAUGUCUUCAAUAUCCUUUUAAUCAAAGAUGCUAUAUAGAUUAUAUUUUUUACAGAGUUUUUUUUUUAAUUUAUGGAUUUAAGAAGUACUAAAUAUUUGCUUUGAGCUAAAAUAUUAGGAUGUAGAAGUCUUAAACAAGAAAAUAGAUUAACACUAUAAAGUGUUUUAGAAGGGAAAAAAAGCAUUUAACCUGUGUCACUCCCAACUCAAUUUAGAAAAAAAUGGACGAAUGGUCAGAAUUUCUGCAAUGCACAAUCAGCUAAUCAAAAUGAGAGGUCCGCUUAAAUCUCAAGGUAAGCAUGUUUUGGAAUCAUUACCUUUUUACAUUUACAGGAAUGUGAAUUAAUAAUAGUGGACUAAGAUGGAUGUUACAGUUCACAUUUCUAAAUGUGUCAGACAGCAUUUUUAGUUCUGUGGUUUACUUGUCAUUUUUAUGGACACAAAAUGCUCAAAGCGAAAUGAAUCCCACUAAGUUAAUGCAUCUUGAGCACUUGUGUUUCAUUUGAACUUGUUUCAUGAUUCAUCUGAAGCAUUCUUUUGAAAUUGUAUGUUUUAAUAAAUGUGGUAAUUUAGAAGUCAAAAAUACAACUCAUGUGGUUCACAAAGCCACAAAGUAUUAUACUUUCAUAUCUGGGAUUUGAAGUUUUGACUUAAGCACUCAAGUGCAUAAAUUGAGUAGUAUGAAAAGGUUCACAAUUUUAAUUAGACAUUAAAGAAAAGUGAAAGUUUAUAUGCAGUAGAUUGAUGACACAGCGUGAAAUAUUUCAAGUGUUUAUUUCUUGUAAUUUUAGGGGUUAUUACUUUCAUAAUAUGAAAACCUAAAAGUUGGUAUUGCAAGAACACCUGACUGUUUAUGAGACUGGAAGGGAAAAAAACCAUUUAAAAGUAUUUAACAGUAAUAUAUGAUAAAUAAGCUUUUGCAUUCUUGUAUAUAAAACAAAACAAAAAAUUAAUCUGGAGCCUUGUUACACCAACCAAAAUGACUGAAAAAAGUAUUUAACAUUUUCCACAGUAUCCUAACUAUUUGAUAUGUGCCUGUAUAGAGACAAUUUCCUAAAUUAUUGGAUCACAAAACUUCAUAUAUAGUACAUUAACUAUGGUGGUUUUACUUUUUGAUACAAUGGGACUUCAGGUAAUUUAGUCAACUGCAUCGAAGAAUACUAGUGAUUCAAUUUUGUUUGAUAUAAAGUCCUAUUUUACUUGAUAUAGUCAUUUGGAAGCAGUGAAGUUCUGCUCAGAAUAUGUGACAAUACAAUUGUAAUGUACUGUACUCAUGUCGUUUAUGGCGCUACAAAUAAUCUAAGUCAUCAAUCAUGCUUCUUCUUUCUGUGAUUUUUGUUUCGGCCUGUUUAUUCUCGCAUCCUUGAGAAUGGGAACUGGUCAUUGGCAAUCUCAUUCCUUGGCAUUGCAGAGGAUAAUUUAACAAUAGCAAAUGUUAAUUUGGUUUGAAAGUUUUAGACCUUUGGUACCUUAAUCUUUAUUAGAUAUCUAUUUUUUCUGCUAAAAAGUUGAUCGAGCAUCUAUUACGUUGUUGUGUUGCUAAUGUCAGUUUUAGUGUGGAAGAAUGCUGGCUUUUUACGGCAGCUGUUGAAUACAAUGUUUUCUUCGGUGUAAAUGAAUCACUUGGCUUUUCUCAUGUCAGUUCACUGCAAAGUUUUUUGUCGGUGAGGUGCUCAUAAUACCUUUCUACCUAAAUUAAUAAUUUUCUGUCAGGUCUGAUUGAAUUUUGUUUUGCUAAAAUAUGUUCGCUACCAAUGAGUGUUAUUCAUUCAGGUACAAUUUCCCCCAAUGCCUACCAUCAAGGCAUUGUUUAUUCCAUUUUUUGUGUUCAUUUAGUGUUAACUACCGACCAAAUCAAAAUGUGUUCAUGAAUGUCUAUUUCUGUUCGAUUAAUGCCAAAUAGUUAUUGCGGUCAAUAUACACUGGCUGUUAAAUCAGCAGACAUUUACUAAUGCCUUAAAGGAAGAAUUUAAUUAUUACAGUUCUUGCUGUAGUGUUACUUGUUUAUAUUAAACGAUUGAUCAUUUGGCCAACCUUGUGGUCCUGUGGUCUUUUGUGUUUCUUGGUUGAUGAAGAAGGGAUGUAAUAAAAGCAUUAAGCGGAUUUUAGGGGGGGGGCAGGGAGGUCAGGCCCCCUGCUGGCCGAAAAGUUUCAUUGCAU